AUGAGUCUCCUGCCCCACGGUUACCAUCGGGCACGUCACCAGCCCGCGGUGCUUGGACGUCGCCAGCUACAGCCGCUGAAGCAGGGUUACUUCCUGCACUCGGAUGUGACACAGCAUUCUUCCGUGAUUCCGACUAGUUUCGUUCCAAGAUCUUUUUCGAUCAGUACGGAGCCUGGAAAUCUGAACGAGGAGUCUAAGGUGGGGAUCCAUCUACAAAUCAAGGCAAAACAAAAGACGACGAUGCAUCCCUGGAUUCUGCUUAAUGGACUUAUCGACCUAUCUAGAAAUGAUGUUGAUGGCCUCAACGCCAACGCGAAUGGUGACGAUAAUUACCAGGUGCUGGAUCCGGGCGAUGAAUCCGAAGAAGACGACUUGAACGAUCUGGAUGAUAAUGACUCCAAGACGUCAGGUGCUGAAGCAAUAGACGAAGAUGACGAGGAGCUUUUUGACAACAAAGAGCGUCAUUUCGCAGACCAUUUCUUGGAGCAAAUAGGGGGUGAGGACAAGGUGCUUGCAGGCCAGGUCCUUGGCCAUACUUUGAAGGAAGUCUCUACUACCAGGUGA